GAACGUGGACAAACAGUUUAUCGAGCAGUGCGAACGAUACCAGCUUCUGUGAGAGGCGUAGGAGUACGAAGAAUUGUUCGAAACGUUUCUGAUAAUGUGGGGAGCGGGUAUCAACAAGCUUCUGCAGAUUCAGUCAAAGAACCGCAACGAGUCAUUGUGUUUCGUCAAAAUACUCCUACAGGGACUGUACUUGUGCGAAAAGCGGUACCUUCUGGUACGCCUUUACCGCGAACAGUAAAUGUAGCUAGUAACGGUGGUGUGGUAAGACGAUUUGUCACUCGAGAAGCAAUUGCCCGUCCACUGCGAGGCUCUGAUGUUUAG